AUGGAGAAGCUAAAGAGAAAGCGCCCGAAGGCAGAGGAUAACGAUGACGCCGAGCCGCAGCAGCAGCAGCAGCAGCAGAAGCAGCAGCAGCAGCAGCAGCAGCAGCAGCAGCAGCAGCAGCAGAGGAAGAGAGACAAAGCAUCAAAGAUGGAGAGACAAGCAGCAGCAGCAAGACAGCGUGCUGCUGCUCUCUCAGAAAAAAAAAUAAAUGAAUUGCAACAAACCCUAAUUGGUGGUUUAGGGUUUGGGGGGGAGCAGCAGCAGCAGCUAGAUGAAGAACAAGAAACCCUAAACCCUCAGCAGCAAGACCACACACAGCAGCAGCAGCAGCAGCAGCAGCAGCAGCAGCAGCAGCAAAAGAAAGUCAAGCGGCAGCAGCAGCAAUCGCUCUCAGAUUUCUCCUCCAGCAUCGCUGCGUUGCUCGAGGCCGAGGAGAGUAUAAAUAUAAAUAAACUAAAAGAAAAAGAAAACAAAGAAAACAAAGAAGAUAGAGAAAAAGCAAUCAAAAAAGAACUCCUAGCCGUAGGGAGAAAAAAAGAAAAAGAAACAGCUAUCAUAUAA